AUGAACACUGCAGUCAAAGUUGCGCUUCGUGUCCGCCCUUUGACGCUACAAGAGCAGAUCAGCAACUGUUCAGAGUGUAUAUCCUACGUCCCCAACGAGCCCCAGAUCGGCAUCGUCGGCUCAGACAAGUCCUUCACAUUCGACUAUGUCUUUGAUGAAGAGUCAAACCAACGCAAUGUCUACGAACAGUGCUCAAAGGAGCUCGUCGAGCGGUUUAUCGAAGGUGGAAAGACAUACAGCAUGGGAACAGGACUUCAAUACCAAGGCAACCCUGACCCAGCUAUUGUUCCCAGGGCCGCACAUGAAAUCUUUCAACUGCUGGAUGCCCAAAUGGAGAAAGACCCAUCGAUGGAAUACCAAGUCUAUGUAUCUUUCCUGGAAUUGUACAACGAGGAGUUGAUUGACCUCUUGCAGACACAGCCACGCACCCGCAAGGACACAAUCCAAGUUCGCGAGGAUGGCUUUGGUGGUAUCUCUUGGCAGGGCGUCAAGGAGCAACAAGUUGCUACUGCCCAUGAACUUUUGGACUGGUUGCAAAAGGGAUCACUGUGCAGGACAACAGCAGCAACAGACAUGAAUCAGACAUCCUCACGUUCGCACGCCAUCUUCUCUGUCAUCUUGAAGCAACAGCGCACAGAUGAGCCCGACCCAACGCCAGAGGGCGAGGAAGAGCACGCACCAGCCGCCGCCCCUCUUAAGACCCCUCAUGAGAAGCCUCUCAAGAAGCUCGCCUCCAAGUUCCACUUUGUCGAUCUGGCUGGUUCCGAACGACUCAAGAGAACGCGUGCAGUGGGAGACCGUGCCAAGGAGGGUAUCUCGAUCAACUCUGGAUUGUUGGCGCUUGGCAAUGUCAUCAGCGCCUUGGGAGACGAAUCUCGCAAAUCGUCUCAUGUGCCAUACCGCGAUUCAAAGCUUACUCGUCUUCUUCAGGAUUCUCUCGGAGGCAACAGCGCGACCUUGAUGCUUGCCUGUGUCUCUGGAGCCGAUGCCGAUGUGAACGAAACCAUCAGCACACUCGUCUAUGCCAACCGCGCCCGUAACAUCCGCAACCGUGUCGUCAUCAACCAGGAUUUCAGGGAUUCGACUAACUCGGAGAUCGCACAGCUGCGAGCCGAGAUCAACCGACUCAAGAUGGAGAACGGCUCCUUUAGAGUCAUGGGAUCUGGACCCGCCACUGAACUGGAUCAGCGCCGUGCUGCAGAGGAGAUGCGGUCACUUCGAGGAGAGGUCACCCGCCUUCGUGAGCGCCUGAGGGAGAGUUCUUCCGAGCUCUGUGAUGUCUUGGCUGAGCGUGAUACCCUUUUGGUCGAGCGCGAGGUGACAGGAGAUGCCGACAUCGAGGCCCACCCCAUCAUGAUGACUUACCACCACACCGUGAUGCAGCUCAAGGACCGUCUCAUUGCUGCAGAAGACCAGGCACUGGAGCUCCAAACUUUGUUGUCGCAGAAGCCUCAAUCGGUCUUUGGUCGCCGCCCCAAUGGACCUAAUCGUCAGAAGGCACCCUCACCCUUCAAGAGGAGAGUCGAGCCCAUGACGGAUGAUGACCACGAUGCCGACGGUGAGCAUGAAGACGGCCACCACCGCAAGGACUCAUCCCCUCCUCGUGGCCGCACCUCCAAGCGCAAGAGCAGACAGUCCUCCCGCGCCGUCUCUCGAUUCGAUUUUGGUGCCGCAGCCGCAGCUCUCGGUAUUGAGCCCUCCAAGCUCCCAACCAGCCCUCCAAUUCCUCAGGUUGAGCAGCUCUUGUCCUCUGGUGGAGCUUCGAAUUGGUUCCAGAGUCUCAAGACCACCGAGAACCAGCCCCUGUCGGCCCACCUCGACUACUCUUCGGCUUCUUCGUCGCUCCCUCCUCUGCCUAACGAUUCGGACUCUUCCCACAGCUUCUCUCGCCGUCGCCGCGCUGGCCGCCACGGAUCCGGUGGUGUUGCCGAGACUUUGGACAAGGCCAAGGAAGAUAUCCGUCGUGGUUUGUUGUUGCUCAAAGCCGAGAAGAACGGUAUGGGUAUGGACAUGGAUCUCCUCAACAUGUUGGAUCCCACUGCCCCCAUGCAGCUCCGCCCCAGCCCUGCCUCGAGCCGUCGUCGCGGCUCGGCGACCUCGUCCUUGUCCUCAGGAUCUAACCGAUCUCGCUUCCAGUCCACCAUGCCUACCUUGGAGGAUGUCAUUGGUGUCCGCAGCCCCAUGUCGCCCAUGCGCCAGUCCUUCCCCUUCCCUCCUCCCUCAGUUGCCUCGGGUACCUCGUGGAAGGAGUCGACCAGUCCCCAGGACCAGAAGGUCUUUUUCGAGGCCGAGCAAAAGGCGGCCGAGACUUUGGCCAAUGCCAUGAAGGCCAUGAACCGCUUCAGCUUCCCUCUCUCUGCCUCGGAUGCUUUGCAUAUGAACCAGCAGCAGCAACAGAACCGCCUUGCCGCUGCCAUUCAGCAACAGAAGGCUGCCGCCGUCGCUCUCCCCGAUUCCGAUGCUGGUUCUUCUUUCGAUUCAAGCUCUAUCCAUGGUGGCUCUUUCCAUGGUGGCUCUCACCGUGCUAGCUCUCACCGUACUGGCUCCAACCGUCCUGAUUCCCACUCGUUGCAAUCCCUGCAUUCUCUUGCUCUUAGCUUGACCAACCCCGAUACCAGCAAGGCCAUCAUUGGCCCUUUUGCUGCCGCCGCCGCUGCUGGUUCAGUUGCUGCUGGUUCAUCUGGUUCCGGUGGUUCUCAGUCUGGUGGUUCUCAUUCGCUCGAGUCCCUUCAGUCUCUUGCUCGCAGCUUGACCAACCCUGACGCCAACAAGGCCAUUGCCGGUCCAUUCGCCGCUGCUGCCGCUGCCGGUUCAGCUGCUGCUUCUGGCUCGGUCAUUACUGUCCCUCUUCCUACACCUGUUGUUCAAGUUGUUCAAGCUCCUUCUGUUGCCGCUGCUCCUGCGGCCGAUAAGCCCAACUAUGACAUGAUGUUGAACGAGGUCCAGAGUGGAAUCGCCAUCAAGGAGGAGCUUGUCCACCAGUUGGAGAAGGCCGAGGCCGAAUACCACCAUAUGCGCGAUCAGUAUGAGGAAGAGAUCCGGGCUAUGGAGGAUAGGAUCCGUGAUGCUGAACAUGAUCGCGAGCGCGAGAAGCAAAUUCCUGGCUCGGUUAAGGUCAAGUACGAGACCAAGAUCAAGCAGCUUAUGGCCGAGCUCUCGGACUUGCAACACAAGUACUCUGAGGUCUCCAAGGUCGCAAACGAGAAGCGCACCCUGGCCGAGAACCAAUUGCGCACCCUCCGUGUCGCAGUCGAGACACUCAAGGCCGAGAAGGUGAGGAUGGUCAAGCGGAUGAAGGAGGACGCUGAGCGCAUCAAGGAGAUGAACGCCGCCAAUGAUCGCGAGAUCCAGGCUUUGCGUCGGUCCGAGAAGGCUGCCCUCGAGGCUCGCAAGAAGGCCGAGCGCGAGAUGGAGCAGCAUCAACAGCGCGCCACUGCUAUGCUUCACCGCAACAGCAACGCGAACGCCACCAACGGUGCCAGCACCCAGCAGGCCAAGGUCAUUGGGUUCUUGAAGAAGCCCCAGACCCCCAAGGGUAUCACCAAGACUGCUGCCAAGCGCCCUACUCGUCUUAACGGCCCCUCUGACAGAAAGGAUGCUCAGGCUUCGGCCAUCCCUGCUCCUACCAAGGCUGGUGCCAAGGGACCCGGCUCGAUCCGCUCCAAGGUUGCUCAGAAGAAGCAGGUCAUUGACCGUGCCAUCUACGGCUACAUCUCUGGCCAGCAUGCCAUCAAUGUCAUGGAGGACAUGCUCAAGAAGCGCGAGCGUCUGAAGAACGAGAAGCAGGAGCUCGAGGCUGAGAGACUGAGGGUUGUUCAGGCCCAAGAGGAGAGCGCCAUUGCUAACGGCAGUCUCCUGCUUGACUUUGCCAGCGAACCCCAGUACAUGGAUGACCGUAUCACCAUGAUUGAUGCCGAGGUUGCCUACAUCAACGCCCGCAUCCGUGCCCUCCAGGCCGAAGCAGCUGCUCUCGGCUUUGUUACCGCCAUCGAGAAGAACCACCAAUACAGCGAUGAGGAGACUGGUCUGGACGGUACGCGCGACGAGGAGGAGUUGAUGACCAAGUUGAUCCGCCAGGGUAUGGCCGAGGAUGCCAUGGGUCUCCCUCCAGGUUCAGGCGCUAGUGUUGCCUUUGAGUCGUCGGUUACGAUCCUGCGUUCGAUGGAUCUGGGUGAGUCGCGCGAGUUCCUCGAGAUGUUGUUCGAAGACAUGGUCACCGUCCGUGGUCACGAGAACGGUCUUCAGGUCCAGGUCUCCAACCAAGAGAAGGUUAUCGAGGAGCUCAAGCGUGCUCUUCAGGCCAUGCGCCAGGCUGCCGUCGGAGCCACCCUUGGCUACGAGAAGCGCUGCGAUGGCUUGGAGCAGAAGUUGCGCCUCCUCGGCGGAUCUUCUGAUCACCUUAACGGCGCCGGCAACGGUCGUCGUGCUAUUGGUGAUGGUUCGUCGGAGGAUGACGAGUACGAUGCCGAGGUUGCCCGCCUUAACCGCGCCGCCUACCAACAGCAGCACGGUGAGUCUGAGGAGGAGGAGACGAUGAAGUCGCCUAUCCUGAACCGUCAGCAGUCCAAGGACUCGCUCUGGACCCCUGUUCCUGAAGCAGCCCACCCCCGAUCUGGCUCCGCUGCCGCCGAGGCCAUGGAUGUCAAGGCCAAGCGUGCGUCGACCAUUUUCGAUCAGCUCUACGAGGAUGCGAUCAAGACUUCGGAUGAGGCUUCACCCAAGGUUGGUGGCACAGGAGGCGAGUUCUCUCGCAUCUUGAUGGCUAACAACGAGCAGCGUCGCGUCUCCUGGGCCGGUGUUCCUGCCUCGCUGGGUCUUGGCAACCAGAGUUCGUCGCCUGCUCAAGAGUCCAGCAGCACCAACAACAACAACCCGCAUCAUCAGUUGCCUCCUAUGCCACCAUCGCGUCCUGGCCUUGCCCGCUCCAGUAGCACUAGUGCAGUGAACACUCGCGGCAACGCUCAUGGCAACGAGUCUGCCCAUCAGCGCAACACUUCGAUGUAUGGACACCGCAGAGCUGGAAGCACCAGUGGAGGAAGUGCUCAGGCUAUUGCCAUUAAUAACGGCAGUGGAUUGCACCGCAACGCCAGCAUGUCCCGUCUGUCGAACUCUGCGCCCAACCACGGCAACGAUGCUCACUUCUACCAACAGCAGCUUGCUCAACAGGGCCAGCAUCUCCAACAGAAGGGCAUCUAUGCCUCGACCGCCUCGAGCCGUCAACAUGCCGAGACCCUCGCUGCCCGUCGCAGCUCUACCCCGAUCUCCAGCCCUGCGAUCGGACCCAAGUCGACGGCCCGUCCUCGCCUCAGCUCAGGAUACGGCGCCAACAAUGCUGAUGCGCCUCUGCCUUCGCCCAUGCAGAAUCCUCGUCGUGGCGGUACUCCCCUGACCAUCCAAACCGGUUUCCCCAACGGCCAUCCUCCUCAGCAUACCUUGCGCCAUGCCAAGAGUCAUCAGCAACCCUUGAACAGUCAACGUCAGAACUAUGACAGCCGUCGUGCCAGCACACCCAGCCCCAGCCCUGGAAAGCGUCUCUCUCGAUCUGAUUCUGAUGGCGUUGCUCUGGCGAGCCAGGGUAACCACAUUCGCAGUCAUACUACCAACGCCGGUAACGGCCGUCCUUUGAGCCGCAUGGGUGCUGCCAACAUGAUGACCACCACCGCGACCGCGACUAACCUGGUCCACGGAAUGGCCUCCCCUGGCUUAAACGCUUUCAACAACACUUCAGCUGGUGCAGACGGUCAUUCCGGGUUCAAUGGCCAUCAUGGACAGCAUGAGGUUUACAAUACCCACCACCACAAUGGCAGUGCCUCACGUCGAAUCAGCGGAUCUUGGGACGAUAACCAGAACGUCUAUGAGCGCCUGGCCUCAGUCCACACACAGGCCAGUCAGGCCCGUCUGUUGGCAACCCGCAACGCCAUCUAUACAUCCGGUCCUGCGGGCGGGAGUAUGAUGAGCACUGGGAACAUGUCCAGUAUUGGAUUCCACCAGAUCCAGCAAGCCGGUGGACGUUCAACACCUCAGAUGAGGAUGAACCACCGCCCCUCGAUCGACGGCAUGAUGUCAAUGGCCGCUGUUGCUGCUGCCGCCGCCGCCCAUGCCAAUGGGGAAGGAGCUGACUCGGGCUCGUCUUCGUCGGUCACCAGUGCUUCUACCACGACCUCGACCCUCACCACUGCAACCAACUCGCCUACCCAUCACGAGUCGUCUGGUAGCAAUGGACAUGAGGGAGAGAGCAGUUUGAGCCAAGUAUUGGCCAAGGCCGAAGUUGGCACUGUAUUUUAA